CCGGAGAGGUCGAGCUCGUUGUCCUUUGAGUUCUCCAGUGACCUGGAAGAUUUUGAUCUGGUCCUUGACCCAAACAUACACAUAUUCACUGGGAAGAAAUUCGCCAAAUUCACAGCUCAGCUGACGUCGUACAAGAGUUCUUCUCCUAGCAGUGAAGGGGCCGACCUCCUUCCAAUCGUUUCACUGAGGCAGGAUCAGGACCAAGAGGCAAUUUUAGCAGAUGUUUUCCUGCCCGAGGCGACUCUGUGCAGCAGCCUGGUUCAACUCAAGGGACCUGUCAUGGAUGAACCCACUCACAAGGAAUUAGUGAAGAAUGUUUGGGUCAAUUUUCUGGCCAUCUUCCCUCUGAGCGAGGAUGCAAACAGAAUCUGCAGCCUGGCCAAAGAUGAGGUUAUGACUGCUGUCAUAGAGGGGCUGCCUGAGGAUAAGGACAACUUUGGUGGCAGCAGGCAAGUAGUUUUCUGUUGUGCCAUCUGGUGUUCCGAAAUUUAAUUUUUAAAUAACUAUCAACGCAUCAGUUAUAUUCCAGUAAAAUUGAUUUUGGGUUGACAAAAAUUAUUACCCACUUAGAGGUCCGACUGAUGCCAGGCAAAUAUUUUAUUGAUUUAAUCAUAUCAAAUAUCCCACUGGUUCUAACAAGGUGUAUACAAAUCUCAAUUACCAGUUUUACCUAGCCUAAUGAUAUGGCCUACUGAAAUUAUCAGAUGUCCUACUGACCCUUACCAGUUUUCUACUGGUCCCAACUAGAUGUAUACAGAUCACUCUUUUAUAUCCUACCCAUCCUAAUCAAUUGUCUGAUCACCUGAUGUCCUGCUGAUUAUGACCCCUGUCAGAUGUCUGAUUACCUUAUGUCCUGCUGAUUAUGACCCCUGUCAGAUGUCUGAUUACCUUAUGUCCUGCUGAUUAUGACCCCUGUCAGAUGUCUGAUUACCUUAUGUCCUGCUGAUUAUGACCCCUGUCAGAUGUCUGAUCACCUUAUGUCCUGCUGAUUAUGACCCCUGUCAGAUGUCUGAUUACCUUAUGUCCUGCUGAUUAUGACCCCUGUCAGAUGUCUGAUUACCUUAUGUCCUUCUGAUUAUGACCCCUGUCAGAUGUCUGAUUACCUUAUGUACUGCUGAUUAUGACCCCUGUCAGAUGUCUGAUUACCUUAUGUCCUGCUGGUUAUGACCCCUGUCAGAUGUCUGAUCACCUUAUGUCCUGCUGAUUAUGACCCCUGUCAGAUGUCUGAUUACCUUAUGUCCUGCUGAUUAUGACCCCUGUCAGAUGUCUGAUUACCUUAUGUCCUGCUGAUUAUGACCCCUGUCAGAUGUCUGAUCACCUUAUGUCCUGCUGAUUAUGACCCCUGUCAGAUGUCUGAUUACCUUAUGUCCUGCUGAUUAUGACCCCUGUCAGAUGUCUGAUUACCUUAUGUCCUUCUGAUUAUGACCCCUGUCAGAUGUCUGAUUACCUUAUGUACUGCUGAUUAUGACCCCUGUCAGAUGUCUGAUUACCUUAUGUCCUGCUGGUUAUGACCCCUGUCAGAUGUCUGAUCACCUUAUGUCCUGCUGAUUAUGACCCCUGUCAGAUGUCUGAUUACCUUAUGUCCUGCUGAUUAUGACCCCUGUCAGAUGUCUGAUUACCUUAUGUCCUGCUGAUUAUGACCCCUGUCAGAUGUCUGAUUACCUUAUGUCCUGCUGAUUAUGACCCCUGUCAGAUGUCUGAUUACCUUAUGUCCUGCUGAUUAUGACCCCUGUCAGAUGUCUGAUUACCUUAUGUCCUGCUGAUUAUGACCCCUGUCAGAUGUCUGAUUACCCUAUGUCCUGCUGAUUAUGACCCCUGUCAGAUGUCUGAUUACCUUAUGUCCUGCUGAUUAUGACCCCUGUCAGAUGUCUGAUUACCUUAUGUCCCGCUGAUUAUGACCCCUGUCAGAUGUCUGAUUACCUUAUGUCCUGCCUCGAGACAACAUUGAAUUGUGUCCCCAUCCAAGUCCAUAAUCCCAUGCGGCAUGUAGUAAUCCAAGUCUGAUAUUUCAAUAAACUACUUAGUAGGGAAAAAAAUUUAUUUUAAUAUCUCUAAAAUAUUAAUAAAGUAUUUAAAUCUUGGGAAGUCAUUUAAGUCCAACAAAACCAGCCACAUGUCAUUUAGAGACAUUUAUGUAUAAGCAUAAUUGUGAUGUGCAUGCUCCAUGGCAGAAACCUGAGGUCAGACAGCAAGAGCCUGAAGGAUCUGUUCUUUCACUGCCAGAACAGUAUUGAGGAGAAUGCUGAGUCUUUGACCACAAAAAUACGAGUGCUGAGAUCUGAGACGGUGCCCAAAAAGGACGUCUUUGUCUGUGGGUGAGUACAUCCGCACUAAAAGUGACUUAAAUAUUAGAGGGGAUCUUGCCUUGUACAUCUGUACUAACAAUAAUGUGAUCCGAUGGUGUACUUUUGUUGAUGCUUCUAUCUCUAAAGAUAUCAAUUUCUAGGAGCAUAUAAUCAUUUAUAUUUAUUGAAUCAUUGCUGACUUGAUCACUUCUUUGAUGCUGUUUUAUUUCUCCCAUCAGAUCCAUUCCAACCAAAAUGGAUGCGGAUGUGUACAACACUCUUAACGCACAGAGUUGUCAGUUGAUCUGCAACCAGAGCUUCAGGUUCCCACUCUGCAAACAGUGGCUUGACCAAAUGGACAAGCCUGGCAAGGACUUUAUUAACAAGUGAGUUGGUCUGUGUAUAAUGAAAUGGAACAUGUUGUGGCCUUAAGGCCUUUGAAGUUGUAUAAUGAAAUGGAACAUCUUGUGGCCUUAAGGCCUUUGAAGUUCUCUAUGGUUCUCAAAUGGUGUUCUGGUCGUCAUCAUCUUUUAAAUGGUUUUCAAACUGUACCUUGUGGCAUCAUUCCCUUCAUUUAAUGUAUGGUUCUCAAAUGGUAUCUUGCUGGCAUCAGUGCUGUAAUUUAACAAAUGUCUUAAUUAACCAUCCCCAGCCUUCCCACCCCAUCCAGAAUCCUUCGACAAGAAAGGUGGGAGUUGCCGCCCUUCAGUCCCCUGGUGACAAGUUCCACACCAAGUUCAACGGGGUCCAGACCUCCUCUGCCAAACCUCACCUCAACACCGAAAACCACCAAUGAGAGUCUCCGGGAAAACCCUGUCGUCAAAAAAUUAUUUGCCUCCGAGUUAAAAGCUGACGAGUAAAAAAAACCCAACUCUUUUGCCUUAGUCCUUGAAAUCUUCCAAGGCCUUUCAGUGUUGGGGGUGUGUAUGUGUGUAGGAAUCAGGCUUGAUAUAUAGACGUACAAGUAACUCUGUCAGAUUUUGUCAUCUUACUAACUGUCAAUUUUGUUUCUAUUGAAUUUUUAACUUUUGUUAAGCUGCAGUAUUUGUG